GCCUGGUACGUGUACGACAUUACUUCGGUUGAAAAAUAUAUUGGUGUAUUGACUAACCUGUUUUUGCUACAAAGUUCAACACCUACAAAUUGCGCAUUGAAGCACCUCUAUACAUAUUUCUUUAAUACUCCUCCAUCAGCUCGAUGUUCAGCAACGAUACCGUCAAGUACAUAUUUCCUACGAUCCCAAUACGGCAAACAAAAAAGCCCGACGUCAACUCGCAGGUAGAGGUGGACGUGUCAUCAGCUGAUAAAAAGAAACUGAAGAACGAGCGUGAAAAAUGCGUCGACUUCUUCGAAAACGUUCGGAAGCAUCUUGGCCGCAAAGGAAACGCAGUCGAUGAAAGGUUGAACACCAGUGAUGCGUGCGAAAGGUUUGUUAGCGAACUCGUCAACCUGGUCGAUACGUACGCUUCUUCGAUAGCGAGUGUGGUUGCAAAGCUUCCGCAAUUUGCAAGCUGGCAAUACUAUUACUGGAGCUCCUCACUGGCCGAUGCGCAACAGAUGGCAUUUGACGAUUACCGCUAUGAGCUUCUGGGGAUGUACUAUAACGUAGGGGCAUGUCUCAUGAACAUUGCCCAGUACUUACUGUCUGUUCGCGUCACUGUCGGCUCUUUGUCCGUUCUGGAGAAAGAUUCGUAUCGCGUGCUUAUUAAAGCCGCAGGCUACUUUCACAUUUGUGGAGAAAUUGUCGAUAACAUGAAGAGCCACGAGAUCGGUGUUGCUCAGGUUCCCAUUCCUCUUGACACCGCAAAAGCACUACAAGUGCUUCUUGAGAGCCUGGCGCUUGCCCAAGCGCAAGAAAUUGGUGUGUCUAAGGCUUUCACGGCGGAUUCUAAGGAGGCAGCAGAUACGACUGCCCGUUUAAGCCAUCAACUUUUCUUGAUGUACGAAGCUGCCCGAAAUAACGCACAGCGCGUCUCUACACGCAACGAGGAGUUUAUUAAGGUGUCUACUUUGAUUGUUGUGAAAGCGGACGUGUUUCGAGCGUUGGCGUACCAGCAUGCAGCUUCGCAUGUAAUGACGAAGACUCCUGAUGCCGCACUGUCAAUCCUGGCCCAAGGACAGGAAUACGCCAAGAUCUUGGAGGACUACUUGACGAAAUCACAAAAGGGCAAGAUUAAGAUUCCCUACAAUGGAGAACGUUUUGUGGAAUUGAGCUCUGCUACCGUAAAGAACAACACAGAGCGCAUCAACAAAAUCAACUCAUUGGUUCAUCGUGCGAAGCCGGCCGCAACAAAAGUUCCUCUGCCAGCCGCUCAGCCCCUGGCUACACGACCCGAUAUUUCGCUUCCCUUCCGACUGGAAGACAAAAAGGAACAGGAGUAG